AUGGCGACUAAAAUCGAACACAAAGAAACCAACUUCACAGUCUUCAUUCGUUUACCAUUUCCAAGAGGAGACUUUGUCGAUCCACCACCGCCGGAAUGGAAUGCUGCUAAGGACCGGGCGUUGUGGGAGAUUCUUUCCCGACCAGCUAAGGGCGAUGACAUAGAUUGGAAAGCAUUGGCUGAUAACUUCAAUGUCACUUUACAGUUCUUACUACAACAAGCUGCAUGGCUUUAUGAUCGGCAGCUGUCGCAGGUUCGGGCCCAAAUGCGGAGAUUCGACCCGACCGCGCAGUCAAAUCCCCCGUCACCGGUUCCAGGGUCUGUUUCAGGGAGUGCCGCAUUGGCAGGAACACCAAUGAAAGAUGUCCCUAUAAUCGCUAACAGCGGUAAUGGUCGGCGCACAAGCUCCACCUCGAUCACAACCAUUAAUCAAAUCCGCGGCUCUCGAGACCCUUCUCGCACCGAUACCCCAACAGCAGAAGGUAACGAGCAACGAUGGGAUUCUUAUGGCCGACGUCCAUCGGCCAACAGACGUGAAACCCAAGUUACUUCAUUCUUACGGUCACCUCCUUUAGAGGAGGAAGAUCUAUCGUCAAGCCCUCAAGAAUCAGACUCCGAAGAUGAAUCAAACCUUCCUGCACAGCGCUUUAGGCGAUUUGGACAAUACUCCAUGCACCAAGCCAGCUUACGAGACGAUGACGAUGACGAAGAUGACACACCGGCCUUCCUGCCAGUACAUCGGGAAUCCGAACAAGGCUCAAGAGAUCGACCAAGCCAGGAACUGAGUGCCACCUUGCGCUUAGAUGCGGAACGUGCUGCCAUAGCACGGCGACGUAUCGCCAAUCGAUCCGGGGCAAGAAUGCCCGUCGCUUCAGAGUCAUCAGCGAGCUCCAUGAGCUCUAGUGCUCCAGUGGCUGUGCAGGGACGAGUGCCUACAUUGGGUCCACAGCGAGCUGGUGAACCGUCACGACUUAGUCCCCGGAAGUCUCAUACCUCAGGCCGAGAGACUAGUGAUGGUACUCCAAGUAUGGGGAGCAGUUUCAGUGAUCUAGAUGGUGAGUCGGCUUUGAACUGGGCCGAUGCACCUUAUAUUAAUUCUCGUCUAGAUGCGAGCGUCACACAAUCCGCGCUGGAAGAGGCGCUGAUGAGCAAUAUGCAACACGGGGGAAUGGCAAGCAGGAUGAGCACUAUUAGCCAAGCUUUGCGUAGUCGAUAUUUGCAGUGA